GAAUUACUCGAUUCGAUCACGACAAGUUGCAAUAUGAUUAUAACUUGCUCUAGGGCCCUAUUCGGGUCCAUUAGUCUAAUAAUUUUGUCUUGUGUGGGGGCCCUCCUCCAGGUAUAGGCCGCUAGCACCGCCAGUCCCGGAGUUCCAUUGAUGCUGUUGGCGUGGAUACCGAUAGAGGCGCGACACAUGGAGUGCUUGGUUUGGAGAGCCAACAUCAGUUCUGCGUAAUAAGAUCGCGCCCGGGUAUGCUUUUCUACUUCUAUUCUUCUAGUAUGAUCCUGGUUUUAGGUUUCGCGCGAUAGAAAAUUUUGAAUUUUAUGUUUUCCGUUGCUUCCGUUGUUGCUCUGUUAGACGAGCGAUUCCUACACUUUCUUCUUCUAAGAGAGAGAAAGAGAGAGAGAUUCAAGGACAAAUCACUCCGAGGGAAAUGAAAGGGGGGGAGAACUUUUGUAGUUUGGGAUCUGGUGUAAUGGAGGAUCUUUUCAUUUCCAUUGGCUUCAAUCUUCCAUAGUUGAUUUGAUUUAUGGUGUCAACUGCUGCUCUAAAGAAUGUGCAAACCGUUUGUUCAAGCGAUGAAGGAUCUUUACCAGUCAAGUGCCCCAAAGAGGAGAAUGAUAAAUCAGCCAUCAGGUGCUUGGGGAGUUAAUGCACCCGGGUGGAUUUGGUGGGGCCCGGACACAUGGAUUAGUACAACAGCGGACAGCCCGGCAGGGAGUCCGGAUUUUCCGCCUAUUCUCUUUGACGAGACCGUCAGCGUGGCGCCAGGAGGAGCUGUGAAGGUGGAGGAGGAUUUCAUCUUCCUCCGACCAGAAGAUGGGCACCUGCCCUAUCUGAGCAGCGGCACGGUACCAGUGACACCUCCUUCAAGCCCAUCUACCCGGAAGUUCCUGAACUCGGUCCAUCACUAGGAAUUGUUUCGGUGCCAAAAUUUAAUUUGGAUAUAUUCCGGAAGGUGCAUCCAGCAGGAGAAGCUAUGGACUCGGUGAAUGCAUGCAUGCGCACUACAUCUAGUCACAGAGCGUUUAGCUGUUGAUUUAUUUAUAUGGAGCAUAUUGUCGAAUUAUAAAAGACCAGAAUAUCAAAUUAAAUAAGUCUCUGA